AUGGGAAUUAAAAUAUCAGCGCCCGAUAUCGAUUCCAUCUCUACAGAUGAUGAAUCACCACAAAACAAUAAUAACAAUGGUAUUGAAAUCUUGUUGCGAGGUAGUAAUCAUCAACUAUUAGACUCAACCACCAAAUCAUCAAACCAACAAGCACAAUUAAAUGUGAUCAAUUUAUCCUCAAACACAAACCAUUCCAACGUGAUGGAUACUCAUCAUCAUAUGAACAAACUCUCCGGAGGAUCGUCAUCAUUUCUCAGGAAAAGGUCAAAAAGCGUUUCUGAACCAACCACUUCGGAUCAUCAUCCACAUUCCAAUCAAAACAAUGAAUCUUCGACCCGAGUAACGAUCACUGAUUUUACUCAUGCCAUUCCAUCCAGCACGAGUUCAACUGUUCAUAAUUCGGCCAACAAUACGACCUCUCCGUCCACAACCAUCAUUACCAAUAACAACCAUAACACCAUAGCCUCAUCAUCCUCAUCUCCAAUUUCAACGGCUGCAAAAUCCUCUCAUUGUCGUAGUAGGUCUUUCAAUUUUUUCAAAAGCAGUACGAGUGGGGAUCAUUCAGAUGGAAAUAAUGAUGAAAAUAAUGAAGAAACAGAUGAUGGAGUGUUUUCCACUCUCCAAAGUGCUUCGGGAAAGAGUUGUUUUCAAUCAAAUUCAAAUAACAAGGCUCAAGUGAUCAUUCCACCCCUUCAAAUUACCAUGAAUGAUAUGGGACAAUUAAGCCAAAACACUGAUACAACUAGUAAGGCAUCUCCACACUCUAAUGGCGGAAUGUCCAAUAGAACACGUAGUUUUAGAUCCAUCUCCAUUGCUUCCUUAUUAAGUAUUGGAACUAAUAAUUCAUCUCAUCAGAAUGGAGGAUUGUCGCCUUCCACGACUAGUAUGCACCAGCAUGCUGGAGAAAAGACACCACGAGGUGCACAAUACAGUAUUUACUCAAAAGCAGUGGCAAACAUGGUAAGCCCAAGGGAGAAGAAUUUGAAUAGAAUUGAAAAUUGUCGACUUGUGGUACUUGUUGGAGGUAUUGAUAGCGGAAAAACCACGCUUCUUCAACAAAUGAGAAGUCACAAUUUUACAUCCGCCGAAUUGAAAUCAAUUCGUGACUCGAUUCUCAUUUAUUGCAUUUAUUAUUUGAAAGUGUUGGUUUCCUCACAACAUGAGGUGAAUUUAAAUCAUUUACUUCACAACUCUUCUCCCGAGUUUAUUGAAAAUUUCUCAAAUUUGUAUCAACAAUUCCAAACUAUGAUUUCUCCCAAAACAGGUAAUCAUCACGAACAAGAUUCCUCUCCCAGAAUUUCCCCACUUUCUAGUCCUAAAAACAAUUCUACUGAUUCAUUUUCGCACGGCCUUUCUUCAAAUUCCACUGACGCAAAUUCUUCCUCUAGUAGCACUCCACGACAACUAGCCAUCAUUUCUCGUCUUUGGAAACAAAAGGAAUUUUUCAAAGUAAUGCAAGAAUUGUGGAAACAUCCACUUGUUCAAAAGUCAUACCGUGAACGAAAUUUAAGAAAAAUUCCAACACCUCUAUUGGGAGAAAAUAUUGAAUACUUUUUACAAGAUGGAAGGAUUGAAAAAUUGAAAAAAGUCAAUGCCAUGACUUGUCAAGAUAUGAUUCGAGCCAAGACUCUUACUAUAGAAAGUAUGCCAGUGGUAGAUUUUACUCAUCUCAACUUAGAACACGAUGGAUCAUACAAAACUCGAAAAUUUCUCUUGUUUGAAACUUUGGGUUGGAGAGACAAGCGUGACACUCAAAUUGCUCAACAAAACUUUUUAGAAAAACCUAACUUGGAUUGCAUUGUAUUUAUGGUUCCUCUUUCAGAAAUUGAUUUAGUUUGUUUUGAAGAUUUAAUUUCUCCUAGUAGUAGAGACUCCAUUGUCAAAUUAGGGAAUUCUAAUCGAUUACUCGAUAGCUUGCAAUAUUUUGAACAAGUCCUAACAAAAAUCAAGACCAUAUCCGAUAUUCAGAGACAACAACACAUUCGAAAAAUUCUUCUUUUCACCAAAGUCGAUGUAUUCAUUCAGAAAAUUAGAAAUGGUGACGCUAUCCAAGCUCUUUCAAAAUUCUUUUCAGAUUUUACUGGCAACAAGACAAAUCCCUAUCAAGUAUUUAAUUACAUUAGAGAUCGAUUUGUUUCCGUUCACAACCGUUGUAUGAAUGAAAAUGGAAAUUCAACUAAUGUGCCUGAACUGACCAUGCACGUGGUAAACCUGUUGGAAUCAUUUGAUAUUAAGGAAGUGUUUGACUCAAUUACAAUGAACGUGAAUGAAAUGUUUGUGAAUUGUGAAUUAAGCUCUCUCUUCCACAAACAACACAUUUUUAACAGGAGAAUUUUGUACAAGUGGGAGCGUUCACAAUUCACAGACAUUGAAAUUAGAAAUGUUGCAACUUACACAGACUUGGAUUACAUCUGA